CAGCUGAGUUUGUGGAUCCCGCCCCGCUGUGAGCACCAUAAACCCCUUUUCUCCGGAGCUGGUUCACUUUACAUUUUAAAUUCGAGCAUUCGUAGCCUGGAAGAUGCCCAAACCUGAAGCGGGAUGUCUGUUGUUCGAGUCCGGCUGUUGUGAAUUGAGUUCCCGGAGCAUCUUGAGCUGCGUGUUUUUCAGUCGAUGUGUUGUGCUGAACAUGUUGUGAUCAGCUUGCAAGAUGGAUCCUGAGGAGCUCGAACUGCAUAAUGAUUACCGUUACCGUAACUAUGCGGCGGUCAUCGAGAAAGCGCUACGAAACUUUGAGUCCUCCAGCGAAUGGGCUGAUCUCAUCUCCUCCCUGGGCAAGCUCAAUAAAGGCAUGUCGGCUCAUGUGCACCCGCUUCCCGAGCGUUACACGGAGCAGCUGCACACAACGACUGAUGCUCUGCUGGUCAAGUUGUCUCUGUUGGUGGGUCAGCAGGUCUUCUACGGUGCCCUGUGGGGCAGCAUGUUGGUCACUCCCAUUGUGCGGCUGCCCGCCUCUGUUUUUAUCGUAACACAUUUUGACCGUAUGGCACCGUUGAGUCAACAGACACACAUGUUAGGCUACAGCCACUGUGGAGUGAUGAAGUCAGUCUGUCUUUCCCUACAAGAUUCAAAUGUCUUGGUGCAGAGGAACAUGCUUGAAGUCCUGCUUUACUUUUUCCCCUUUGCCACAUGUUUGGAUCCAGCUGAACCUAGUAUUGCUUUGAGUAUCGAAGACGUGAUCACCAUGGUGUCUGCAGCUUUACUCACGCUCCUCAGAAGAGACAUGUCCCUCAACAGACGUCUCUACGCCUGGUUACUAGGUACAGACAUUAAAGGAGGAAUGGUGGCGCCGCACCCCAGCCUCUCUGCCACCAUCGAGGAGCACACCUCAUUCUACUUCAACACCUACUCUAAAGAUUUCCUUGUGAAGGCUUUGGUUAACAUCCUCAAACAGAAGGAAGCAGAUGGUGAUCCAGAAAGUGUGAUCCGUUACCUCAAACCCUUUCGCAUCAUUAUUAGCCUGCUUGAUAAACCUGAGAUAGGUCCGCCUGUCUUGAGCUGUGUGUUGUUGGAGGUGGUCCGAGCGUUUCACCGUUACUGUCUGGAGAUGCUCAAGGAGGAAAAUACUCCCAGCUCAAGGCUCUCGGGCAACCAGCUUUCUAGUAAGAUAAAAGAAAAUAAGAACGCUUCGGAGAUCAUAAAGACGAUGAACAUGCUUGUGAGCUCCACGAACAGUGAAUACCUGUGGGAAUACAUGACUCGAUGCUUCUGCUCAUCUCUCAGUGAAAAAACUGAUCCACCUCCUGAGCAGAACUGCAGUGAUCCUGCUCCCUCUGUCGCAGAAAUGUCCAGCCUCAUCAUUUUCCUGCUCGACGUUCUUCCUUUGGAGCUUUACGCUGACAUCCAGUCACAUUUCCUGCCCGAUAUGCUUGACACCAUGCUGCAGGCACUGUGUCGCCACAUGGAUUCUGUUUGUAUUGAAGAUGUCACACAGGGGCUGCGCGCCUGCUUCAAGGUCCUGAGUAAAAUCCAGAUGCCUGUGGCUUACAUGGAAGUUGAAGCUGGGGCGCACACAGAAAAGAUGGAGUUACAGACUCCUGAGGAGGAGACCACAAAAACACAGGAUUUAGAGAAUGAAGGAGAGAAAAAUGGCAGUGUUAAUGGUCAUCAGGAAGAUGACCAGGAGAGGCAAGAUGGAGGAGAGGAAGACGAGCCUGCAAAUGGUGUUUACCCAGCUCUGAAGUCUGAAGACAGUGGAUUGGGCAUCAGUGCCUCACCAUCGGAGCAGCAUCUCUCCCUGGGAGUGACAAUAGGAGAUGAGCAAAAUGGGAUAAACAAAACCAGUGAGGGAGUGUGGAGAAAGGGAGGUGGUGUGGACACCAUGGCACAGUGUCUGCAGAACAUCCUCGCCUUCAUAACCACAAGAUACUUGAUGGUGCAGGUGGAAGAUGUCAGGGGACCAGAUCCAGAACCCCAACAUGACACAAGUCCUACCUCUGUGGAAGGAAAAUCUUUGUUAGGUGGACGUGAAAUUAAAGACAAACUGACUGAACUGUUUACACCAAAUAAACGUAAAACCCAUGCCUCCCCUGAAGCUCAGUUCCCAGCGUCCCCCACUGAAAAGAAGAAGGAUCUUUUACUUGUAAGGUGCUUGGACUGGACAGCUGGUUACAUGCCCCGGGGGAGGGCUGAGAUCUCUGAGGCUUGUCGACAGGCCUUCGUCGCCACCUGCCACCUACUGCUGGAGAGCACCACCUUCCCUGUUUACCUCAGUGAAGAGGAGAUGCUUGCUCUGCACACAGAUAUGUUUGGUAGCAGAGGCAAUGAUGUGGCCAGCUUACCUGUGUGGCUCAGGUCCUUGAUGAUUCUGUGCUGCAUGUCCAGGGACCACAACAUCCAACACACUGCGUUAGCUUCCCUGUUGGAGCUCAUUAACCACUCCCUGUCCUUAGCGCUGGUCAUUCAGGACAAGCACAGACGAUAUCAGAGCUCUGAGUCAAACCCUCUGAGUGGGCGGCUGCAGAUGGCUACCGUGCCACCCAUCAACCCAGCUCUGCUCAGCGCCAUCGAGGACCGCACAGAUUUUUAUCAGAGAGUGUCCAAGGUACUGUGGAGUCAGCUGGACACGGAGCAGAGGGAGCAGCACGUUUCCUGUGUGGAUCUGUUUUACAGGCUGCACUGUUUGGCUCCAUCAGCAUCCAUCUGUGAAGACAUCAUCUGCCAGGCGUUGUUGCACAAUGACAAGGCAGUAAGGCUGGAAGCGCUGCACCGCUUCACAGUGCUGUGGCACCUGACCCGGGAAAUCCAGAGCAACAGGACCAUGUCUCUAUGUCGCUCCUUUGAUCGAUCUCUGUGCGUUGUGGUGGACAGCCUGAGCUCCACUGAUGGCUCGAUAAGCGCAGCAGCUCACUGCUGGUUGGUUAGAGCUUUGUCUCUCAAUGAUGUCAUUCGAAUCCUAGAGCCAAUUCUGUUGCUGCUGCUCCAUCCCUCCACUCAGCGCUGCUCCAUUCAGAGCAUCAAACAAAACCUCACCACUGUUAACCUGAAGGAUUUAAACAACAGAAGUCGAAGUUCAACCAAAACUUCUCGGAUGUCCUCCGACAAUGCCACAGCUGAUGUCACCACUUUAAAUAUCCUGAAUGUUGUGGACCGAGAAGCUCUGUGGGCCGAGCUGGACAGUGGGCCAGAACUGGCAAAACCAACAGACACUGUAGUGAUGUCAAGGAGCGAGAGUGAGAAGAUGGAUGAAGAGGAGUCUCGAGCGGAAGAGGAGGAGGAGCCUGAGAGUGAACACACAGAGUCGGCUGACACCAGUGGUGCCCAAGUUUCCACCGAGAACUCCAGUUCAGGCUCUGCUCUACCCAGCAGUGUAGAGGAGGGAGGGCUGGUGAACGGCCUGCGGAGGGUAGAGUCUGAGCACACCCAAGCAUCUGAAUCGCUGUCGAGCGAAGAAGAGGAAGAUUUGGAGCUCGAGGCUAUGGCCAAGUCACGUCUCUUGAGGCAGGAACGUGAGAAGAGAGAUGCCAUCGACUCUCUGUUCUGCCAUGUGCUGCUGUAUCCGGUAGCGGGAGGAUGGCGCCAUCUCCUCCAAGGCUUGGCGCUGCUGGACAGCCUGCUGAGGAGCAGUGCUGAGUGUCCUCUGGUGGAUGCACUGUGCUCCACUUCACUGGACACGAGCUCCGCUGCACAUUUAAAUCUAAUCUCAAAUCUUCUACAGCGCCACCAGCAGGCUCAGAAUGGCAAGGGAUUCUAUGGCUGCCUGCUCUCUCCCACAUCCCCUCCAUCUGUGCCCCCAUCCCUACUCAUUGAACUGCUGGUGUCUCUCUGCCUCCGGUUUCUGCGCUCUCACUACCCUUCUUAUCUGAGCCUGACUCCUGUGGACCUGCAGGGGAACAGGGAGGUGCAGGUGAAGAGUGUGGCGGUGCUGACUCGAAUAGUGAAUCAGCUCUGCUGCACAGCACAAAGACAGGAAGGCAGCAAAGCCAAGCUGGAGUCCAUGCACAGACUCCUCUCAAGCUGUAAAGUGCAGCACAGUGCUCUGCUUUCUCUCUCUAGAUCUAUGUAUAUCAGCCAAAGGGGAGCAGAGAAGGGAUCGUCCAAAGGAGUUGAGUCGCUUGAAGAGCAAGGAGGCCUAUCGGAGGAGAGUCUGAUUUAUUUGGGUGUAGCUGGGGGACAGGAGCAGUACCCCUUACAAAUAGAAUUACUAAAAUUGCUCCAGGCUCUCAUAGUGCUUGAAUUCCACGUGUGGCCUGGUGGGGUUGUCACUGGAGCAAGCGGAGCAUCUGGCCAGCCUGGAGAUUCACGAGAAUCCUCACCUGCAACCUCCCCUCUUGCUCGCGAGUGGCAAACUGCUGUUCUUUUCCAGCAGUCCAUCAAAGCAGCUCAGUACGUGCAGAGUCACCCCAUCACAGCCCAGGGCAUGUUUGUUUCUGCUGCAGCCAGAGCUCUGCAGCCUCAGUAUGGGUAUGCCAUGCACCCCCACUGGGUGUCGCUGCUGUGCUCCUCCCUGCCCUACCUGGGACGCUCGUUAGGGAUAAUUGUGGCUCCUCUAAUCAAUCAGAUCUGCAGAAACCUGGAUGAGCUGGUGAAGCUACACGAGCACGAUGGAGGGAAAGCAAACCAGAGUUUGAUUGGCAGGAGGGAGAAUAUUGCUCCUGAUUAUCCGUUGACUCUGCUCGAAGGCCUGACCAGCAUUACACACUUUUGCCUUUUGGACAACAAAAAGUCCCUGGUCACCUGCGAUCCUGUGGACGUCCGUAACGCACGUAAUGCUGUGCUCGAGACGCUGCCGCACAUGCUCAGCACCAUGGCGUUGUUUUGGGGCGUGAUCAUGAGGGAGGAGGGUCAUCGGCGAACGUCUGACUCCGCCCAGAGCAGCAGACACAUUUCUACCUCUGUGUAUUUCAAAUCCACCAAGAUUUUGCGACAGAGGAUACUGGAGUUUCUGCUCCCUUUAACUGGAAAUUAUGGGGUUCAGCUGUUGGCUUCAGUGGGAGUAGUAUGGAACAAUAGGAGGAGCAAAAGAAGACAUAAAGACAAAGUGUUGCCUGUGGCCAGCGAGUCUCGCCUAGUCGUUGUGGAGCUGGUGAAAUGUUUGAACACUUUGAACACAGAAACUAUCUUGCAGCUGGUCAAAGAGGUUGUGAAGAGACCGCAUCAGAUCAGAGGAGAACGGAAGUCGACUCUGGUUGAUAUUCCUGUGUUACAGUUCAGCUAUGCCUACAUCCAAAGUAUUCCAGCACAGGCUCUGCAGGAAAAUGUUGCUCCUCUCCUCUGUCUCUUACGGGAAUCUGUCCAGCUAAACAUGGCCCCUCCUGGACAUUUCUUACUGCUGGGAAUCCUGAAUGACUUUGUCAAUCGGCUCCCCAACCUGGACAGUAAGAAGGACACCAGGGAUCUGCAGGAGGUGACUCAGAAGAUCCUGGAGGCAGUGAGUGGAAUUGCAGGCUCAUCUUUGGAGCAAACCAGCUGGCUCAGCCGCAGCCUGGAGGUCAAAGUGCAGCCGCAGGUGUGCCCAGACGUAGACGAGCCGGAUGAUGCAGAUGUGGAUGGGGAUCACUGUGAGUCAGUGACUCAAGCAAAUGCCAUGGUGUCGUCCUCUGCUCCCUCUGUUUAUAGUGUGCAGGCUCUUAAACUGCUUGCUGAGAUCUUGGCACCCCUCCUGGACAUGGUGUAUCGCAGUGAUGAGAAGGAAAAAGCAGUUCCUCUCAUCUCUCGUCUCCUCUACUAUGUUUUCCCCUACCUCAAGAAUCACAGUGCCUACAACAUGCCCAGCUUUGAAGCAGGUGCUCAGCUUUUGAGCAGUCUCAGUGGAUAUGCUUACACCAAAAGAGCCUGGAAGAAGGAGGUCUUUGAGCUCUUCAUGGAACCCCUCUUCUUCACUAUGGAUGCCUCCUGUGCACACAAUUGGAAAUCAAUUAUUGACCACCUGCUGACUCAUGAGAAGACCAUGUUUAAAGAUUUGUUGGGUAUGCAGAGCAGCUCCCUGAAAUUGUUCUCUAGUGCUGACCAGAAACCCAUGCUGUUGAAGCGCCAGGCGUUUUCCAUGUUCAGUGGCGAACUCGACCAGUAUCAUCUCUAUCUUCCUCUUAUUCAAGAACGUCUCACAGAGACUUUGCGAACAAACUCAAGCGCAGCUGUUUUUGCCCAGAUGUUUCUGAUGUUUCGUGUUCUCUUGUUGCGGAUCUCACCCCAACACCUGACAUCCCUCUGGCCCAUAAUGGUCACAGAACUUAUACGCACUUUUGCACGUUUAGAGAAAGCUCUGCAGGCAGAUAAAGACGUCUCAAAGCUGGCUAAAGUUGUCCGUGGGGCCCUCAACAGAAACGGACCAGUGAACUUCUCUCAGGCUGAGCUGGACAUGUACCUGUCAGCCUGCAAGUUUCUGGACACCUCCUUGGCUUUUCCUCCCGAGAAGAUGCCACUCUUUCAAAUGUAUCGCUGGGCAUUUGUUCCUGAGGUGGAUGUGAACCGCUACAGUGGUCCAGAGAGUGCACUGAUUGAAGGUGAACAGGAGUGCACGCCACAUAUUGUCAGAGUACUGGAAGGGAUUCAGCAGCGCUAUGGGGCUCUAAAUGAACUGAGUGAGGAAUCCUCCACUGAACACUUGGAGUUCCCCCUUCUUACUCAGCGCUCCCUGUCCUCCAUCACCCAGCUGCUGCCUUUCCUGCGCACCCUUUGCUGUUCUUUCCAGGCCCCUCCCCCCUCCUGGAGCCAGCCAGAUGUCCACUUCCCUGUAGCAGACUACCCAGCAGCCAGCUCGCAUGCGGUCAUGAGACGGCUGGAGGACAUCAUUGAAAAUGAGUUUUUAGACUCCAUGGAAAGUUAAAAACUCAACUUUGUGACCUACAAAAAUGCAAGAAAAAACAGAAAAUGGGCACAACUAAUGAUUAUCUUGUAAUGUGAACUAGCUUAAAAAGAAAACAAUUGAAAAGCUGCUUUUUAAUGUUUUUAGUACUUCUGUUCUCCUUUUGAGGCUACUCUAGAAAAGCAAAGGGAUUCAUGAAAGUUACUUAUGUUGAUUUGUUUUUUUUAUCCGAGAAAUGUGAUAUAUGGAUAAUUACUGGAAAACAAUCUUUUUCACCAAAGGAGAUGUUAUUGCACCUUCAAAAUUAUUCACCUUCUGUUUUUAAUAUCAAUAAAUGCAGUCAGAUAUACCAUUUUCAAAUAUACUCUCCUCAAUUGUUUUUAAAAGACAUGCACCUUAUACUAGUCAUUCAUUUUCUGACAGUACCGUAAAGAACCUUCUAAGGUUUUGCAAGUAAUUUUAGCUUGAACUACUUUCGGGAAUCUAUAUUUUAAAGUUGCAUAUACCUGUUUGACCCUUAAGAUUGUAAAAAAUAAACAUCUUGUUAGAGAUUUAGAAUAAUUUUGUAACAAGUUUCUGUGGUAAGCUGUUGAAUGUUCUUUUGUCUAUAAUGGGAAAGAUCUAAAAUAUCUGGUGUACCUCAGUAUAACACAUGCUUACCAGUUUUGGUGUUUUUAAGGGAAAUUGGCUUUUCUUUAUUAUUGUUCCUGGUUAGUUUCUGCAGCUGCUUGGUGUCUUUUUUUCUGCGUAUCUGAAUGUUUGUGUAACUUAUUUGGAAUGUAUAAAGGACCAUGUCCAGUUUUGACACAAUGGGGGAAAAAUGGACUCAACAAUUACUUUGUCAGAAAAAUACCUCUUUACCAUCCUGUAAAAGGUUCAAUGUAAUUUCUUAAUAAAGAAAUAGACUGAGAACCAAACUCAUAUUUAAGGUAAUUUAUUU